CAAACAAGAUGGUGGCCACCAGGAGAGGAGUACGCGUGACUUAUCCAGCGAAAACAAACCCCGAACAGUCCUCUGAUGUCCCGGCCACUCCUUCCACUGGUCGGAGAACCAGGAGUGCUGCUAAAGAAGCAGAGAAUACUACCCAUCAUGUCCUCAUGGGGACCAGCAGCCAGCUUGAGAAAAGCGAGGGAGAACCUCCAGCAUCUCCAGCAUCUUCACCGACCUCCUCAAUGAAAAGAUGCACCAGAGCUUCCAGACUACACAGUCCAGAGCAACCCUGCACACCAGUGGGCUCUACCCAUGAAGCGGACAUCUCAGACCUGGAGUCUUGUUGCUCUGUGUUGUCCGACAUUGAACUACCAGUGACACGCAGCAGCAGGAGGAGACAGCCCCGUGCAGUAAGUCAGGGAGAUGAGGAGAUAUCGGAGGUGGAAUCAUGCUCUUCUGUUUUAUCUUCAUCAAAAACUGGCCAAACUAGUCGCCGCAGCACAAGGAGGAAGACAGCUCCUGAAUGUUCUGACCCAACUAAUGCUGGGGUGGGAGGAAUCAAAGUCGACCAGGUCCUGGAGACAGAGUCCUGCAGCUCUGUGGUGUCCGAAACCAAGAGAGUCACCAGAAGUCAGAGAAAAACCCGCACCAGAUCUUCUGCCAAAAAACAAACUGAGGACUUGGAGGUCUCAGAUGCUGACAGCUGUACAUCCACCGUCUCAGAAGUUUCUAAGUCCACCACCCGCAGAGCCACAAAAUCCAGAAGACAAACAAAUCCCAUCCCCAUACACCUAGACGAGUCCUCGGAGCGCUCGCACUCCCCUGCCCCGACUGGUCGACGGACGAGGGCAGCAAGAGGGAAGGCAUCAGCCAAUAUGGAGGGCAGCGAGCCCCCAUCUUGUGACUCUGAAGGUUUUGAGUCCGGGCCCACUUACAGUAUUACUACUCGUAGACGGGGCAAGGCCCAAUCCACAGGUCCCAAAGCCAUGGACUCAGACUCUGAGAUGACGGAUGCGCAUUCCCCAGUGGGCAGCCCCUGCUCCACAAGAGCCAGAGGAACUCCCUGCAGCAGCCGCACAGGCUCGUGGAACAGCAGCAGAGGUGCUCCAGCGUCCAGAAGCUCAGUGAAAGACCUUUGCAUUGUUCUUGAAAAAGCUGCAGAGCCCAUUGAAGAGGACAGUUCAUUAAAUGACUCUAGGUUAGAAAGCACAGUGAUUGCUGAGGACGCAGACUGCACACUGUUGGAGGAACAACAGAGCCAAACAUUAGAAGAAAAAGAGGAUUUGAUUAGUGCUGAUCUCACAUCAAAUGAGACGGAUACAAAAAGAGUGGAAAAGGGAGAAGAGGAGGAGGUUGUGAGUGAGCCUGCAGUGAUGGCCAAAGACCAGCAGGAGGAGCAGUCUGCUGAAACUAAAGACGGGGAUACCUCAGAGAUGGAAAUGAUGCAGGAAAUGAUCCAGUCAUCAGAGCCAUUAAAGCCUUGCCAAUCUGUUGUAGUAACAUUAUGUGAGAAGGCUUCUGAAAUCAUUGAGGAGAAGGGCGAACCUAUGGAGAUAGCUGACGUGGACACCCUGUCAUCACAGGAAGAUAAAGCUGUGGAUGAGGAUGCAGUUAUAGUAACCCAGACCAGUGUGGAGGAGAAAAUGGAAGUCAGCACACUGAACACAGAUACUCAGCAGGUGGUUGACUCUGGCGACGUCCAAGUCCAGUCCAUUCAGGUAACAUCUCGACAGCAGCAAAAGAUUACAGUGGAUUCUGACUCUGAACAGCAACCUAAAGACGUCAUUGUCCAGAAAACAAAAGUAAUCAGCCUGCUGGAGAGCAGCGAUGAUGAAGAUGAAUAUGCUGAAGAGGAGGAAAGAGAAGUUUCUGGAGAAGAGGAGGAGAAGGAUUUGGAAUACAGGGAGAAAGAGGAGGAGGAGGAGGAGGAGGAGGAGAGAGGUGGACCUUCCAAGAAGUCAGAAGCAGCAGCUGCAUCAGUUGAAGGACUGUUUAUGAUUGACACACGGCCCGGACAAGAGGCAGAUGAACAUUACUACACGGAGAGGCACACAGAAGAGCAAGAGGAGGCCAAAAAUAAAGAAGCUGAACAGGAUGAGCAAGAUGACGAGUUUGUGGAUGAGGAGGGGGAUGAUGAUGAUGAUGAUGAUGCAAAAAUCCUCUUCUGGAGUCGAAAUCCUCAGCUGAAAGAGAUGUCCAGCCGCAUUGACCCCGGCAUCAAAGUGAAGGAGCUCGGGGGUUUAUACAUCAAUUUUGAUGGCAGCAAAUCAAAACCUGUCUCCAGUUCGCUGCAAAAACUAAAGGAAAAGAAGAUCCAAGAUGAGGUGAUGAAGAAGAGUGUGAUUGGACCAGACUUUGAAAAGAAGGAUGCGGUGCCUCCAUACAGUGAAUCCAAACAAGCCACUAAACUGAAACACAGAGCAGAGAGGGAGAAAUCAACAGGAGACGGUUGGUUUAAUAUGAAAGCCCCUGAGAUCUCUCAGGAGCUGAAAGGAGACCUCCAAGUCCUGAAGAUGAGAGGCUCCAUGGACCCCAAGAGGUUCUACAAGAAGAACGACAGAGAUGGUUUUCCCAAGUAUUUUCAGGUUGGUACAGUGGCGGACAAUGCAGUCGACUUUUAUCAUUCCCGUAUUCCCAAGAAGGAGAGGAAGAGAACCAUGGUGGAGGAGCUGCUGGCUGAUGCUGAGUUCAGACACAACAACAAAAAGAAAUACCAGCACAUUGUGACAGAGAAAGCAGCGCAGGGAGCUGGCAAGAGGAACAAGAAGAAGAAUAAAUUCCAUAAGAAGUAAAUCUGAAGACUUUGAGUGGAU